AACCAUAUCUUACUAAAUUCUAAUCUUCCUCUUCUCCACAACCUACCUUCCCUUUGUCUUUCUCGUCUGCUCUGAAUUUAGCUUCAACACAGCAAUAUACGCAAAUGACGAUGAAGAAAAUAGUGUUGAAGGUGGAACUACACGGUGAAAGAACCAGGCAAAAGGUCAUGAAAACAACCUCAGGCAUUUCAGGAGUUGAGUCAGUGAACGUGGACAUGAAGGACAAGAAAUUAACUGUAACAGGAGACAUCGACCCAGUUAAGGUGGUGGAAAAGCUAAGGAAGUUGUGUCAUACAGAGAUAGUAUCUGUUGGAGCAGCCAAAGAGUCUGAGAAGAAAGAAGAUAAAAAGAUAGAGAAUAUAGCUAAAAUGAUAGUGCCUCCUCCUUCGAGCUACAGCCAUGUUUAUUAUCCUCCACCUUAUUAUGUUGGAACUGUGGAUGGGUAUCCUAAUAGUGGCUGUGUCAUCUGCUAAAUUUUGAACUUACGUUUGUGGGAAAGAAAAAAUAAAGAGAAAAGAUAAGGAAGCAUGUGGUUGUGAUGAUAGAUAUUUAGGCCUGUGUCUUUUUCAUAUAAAUAGAGAACAGAAGAUGAAGAUAAGAAAAUAUAUAUAUUUAUAGAGAUGUGCUGGGCUUUUAUUUUUACCUCUCUUGGAUUUGGAUUGAAAUUUGAAAGUGACGUGCUUGAAGGGAUUGGUUUGUUAUA